AUGCUUGUGCGGUGUAAACAACACGCGACGUUAGCUUCUUCCGUGCCUGUUCAAGUGCAACAGCUGCGUCACAUAUCCAGAAGACGUAUUGCAUACCCAUUCUACCCAUUUGAGAGAAUGGGUCGUCAGCAUCCGAAAAAACACGAUUCGAACCUGAAACAUGCCAUGAGACAAUUUCUCGGUCCUCGAAACUUUAAGGGUGAAUACUCGCUGAACAAAUAUUUUGACGUUGCGACGAAUCAUGAGCCCAAAUAUAUCACACCGGAUCUUGAACGUGGUGUGGCAGUUCAGUUGCCUGGGAAGUCACAGUCGCGACAUGAUAUGGCUCGUGGUGGUGCAUUUCGAGGCGCGUCCCAAUCCCGGAAAUUGCAACCGUUUCCGCAUAAUAAAAACUGUUUUACGAACCUCGCCCUGAGCGACGAAAUCAGAUACGCUAUUCACGACGAUAUAACAAACAAUCAGCUCUCAGCACAACAAGUUGCUCAGAAAUAUGGUAUAAAGAUUCCUAGGGUGGAAGCUGUGGCAAAACUGAUCACUAUCGAGCAGUCGUGGGAAAAAAAUAAUCAUAUCACUCCGGCAUUACGAAAGAUGUCUUCCGUCAUGUUCAACAUGUUCCCACUUUUCGAGCCUAAGUUCGAGAAAUCUAGGGAGAACCUCUCUGAAAUUCCAGUUCCUUCUAAAGCGCUCAAUUCGCGGUUUCUUACAAUCGCUGAGUCUGAGCCAUUUGGUCCACUAGAUGCUGCUAAAGUUUUAGAGCUUGAGCCUGCCGCUGAAACAUUGCAAAAACUUUCCACUGAGGGUGAGCACUCCGCGGGUCACACGGAAACGACUCGCAAGCAGCGUGUAGUCUACGGUGAACUUUUGAAAGGUGAAAGGUCAGUGUUCAAAUUCACUCAUAAACCGGUGGGUAAAGUUGGAUACCGGUACGGUGCAGGAAACCGUGACAACAAAAAAGAUCGCAAGAUUGGUUUCAACGAAUUGGGUCAAAUGGUAUACUUGUAA